CUGUUGUAAGACAAGGCAAGCCACUCUCACUCUUAUUAGUUGACAAGGGAUAUUUUACUUUUUGUGUGUCAGCUCUUUAAAGGAAAACAAAAAUUUUGAUCUAUCCAAAUUAUCUCGGCCCUAAAUUGUCUGUUCAAAGAGGAAUUCGCCAUACUUUCGUUUCAAUCCCAAGACCACCGGGAAGCGAACCAUGUCAUCUCAGUUUCGUGAGAAACGCGGAAUAGCUAGCAGUGGCAAUAAUGAACUGCCCACCAUGGAUCCCACGGAAAGUGACUUUGCUCUGGAGCUGAAGCCAGCACCCAAACAGACCUGCAUUCCGGAGCACCAGCGCCAGAGAUUGGCCAGCUCGGACACCAGCGUUUACCAGCGUGAGAGCGUGUUUGAUAUUCCGGACAAGUCCUGGUCAGUCCUGUAUUUUGGAUCCGGCAAGGACAGACCUUCAAAUUAACUGUAAUAGAAAUUCAUACUUAUUAUAUAUAAGACCGCUGUUUCCCAUCUCAAAAUUCCGUUUAGCACCACUUUAAAUCGAAUGUCUGCAACCGCCUGGCCCACUGAUUGACUCCUUCGCCACCACAUCCAUCCAUCAGUCAUUCAUCAGAUGUCGCGAAAUGUUAUAUAAAAUUGAAAUUCGCCUUCGUGCCAGUGCAUAUUUUAUCUUUUUAUGUGGGUUUUCCUUGGGAUGGCUGCAAUUGAUGAUCGUGUUUCUGGCGAUUCUGGUUUGUACGAUUGUGAUUAAUGGAGACGGCGUCAUUGAGUGCGAUCUGCGGCGCUCCAGAGAUACUAUACUACUUGAUAUUUGCACAAAGAUCGCAGAACGAUCCAUGAUAUCAUUCAAGAUUGCUCUUCAGAAGUGUCAAACGAGCAUUUCUAUUUAAAGCGGAAAUAAUGGCUUAAUGAGGCAAAUGACGCGAUACUGACACAUCUGACAGUUUCUAAAUACGUGUGAGCUUUAGGAAAUGGAUGCCCAAUUUAUGCAAUCGUGUCAUAGUUAUGAUGAAUUUUUAAAUAGUAGUUGUAUGAACAGCUAAUCUGUCAAUAAAUAAUCUAUCAUAGCGUUGAUAAUAA